AUGGCUUCAACCACCAUGCGCUGGGGAAUCCUCGCCACCGGUCUCAUUGCAGAGACAUUCACAAAAGACUUGCUGGUGGAUCCAAAGACACGUGAUGUUCACGAUGUUGCCCACACAGUAGUUGCUGCCGCCAGUAGCUCAAGCAAAUCCCGCGCUGAAGAAUUUCUGCGAAGUGUUUCUGCGCCAUCAUCCGCCAAAGCGUAUGGGUCAUACGAAGAAUUGCUGCAAGACGAUAACAUCGAUAUUGUCUAUAUCGCCACUCCGCACUCACAUCAUUACCAAAACGCUCUGCGUGCCUUGGAAGCUGGAAAAAAUGUUCUUUGCGAGAAAGCAUUCACAGUCAAUGCUGCUCAGGCCAAGAGACUUGUCGCGAUCGCCCGCGAGAAGAAUCUGUUCCUUAUGGAAGCUGUCUGGACUCGUUACUUCCCUUUGUCAAUUUACGUUCGCGAACUCAUAGCAAGUGGCAAGAUUGGACACGUCAGUCGUGUCUUCGCAGACAAUACAAGAACAAAUGACCCUGAAGCCACUUGGCCCAACACCAAACAUCGCAUGGUCAAUCCAGAUCUUGCAGGCGGCGCUCUGCUAGAUCUGGGGAUUUACUCUCUAACGUGGAUAUUUCAGACUUUAUAUACAACUCAAUCAACUGGCAGUGCGCAACCACCUUCUGUUGUCUCAGCCGUGACCAAGUAUCCGCCAACAGGUGUGGAUGAACGAACGAGCAUUUUGCUCGUCUUCCCCCGAUCUGCCGACCAAGGCGGGGACGCCCACGGCAUAGCGACGACGGGUUUUCGCGCCUCGAAUGACACAGAUGGCAAGGGCACGUCCGGCCCUGCAGUACGAAUCAUGGGCUCCAAAGGCGAGAUCCAAGUGUGGCCGCCAAUAUUCCGUCCGACGAAGACAAGACUUAUUUUGACUGACGGGACGACGGAGGACAAAGAAUGGGCCCAGCCUGGGCCUGGUAAAGGAAGCGGCUGGUAUAAUGGCUUUGCAGGUGGCAGAAACGCGGAGGGCGAAGGCCACGGCAUGUUCUGGGAGGCCGAUGAAGCCGCAAGGGCCAUCGUUGAAGGUCGGAAAGAAGGAAGGUUCGAAAGUCUCGACGAGUCUGUAUUGAUCAUGGAAGUCAUGGACGAAGUUAGGAGACAGAACGACCUGAAGUUUCCCGAGAAAAUCGAGACUACGGACAAGAUAUCACUCUAG